GCGCGAGUCCAUUCUUGUUGGGCUGGAGCGCGCGGAGCUGGAUUGUGCGCAGCGGGUUUGUGAACUGCGCUCUCACUCUCUGCUCUUCGGAUACUGUGAUCCUUUCUGCAGCAUGGGUGCACAUGAAAAGCGGUACCAUCUGUGCAGUAACCUUCUCCUUUUAUAAGCCGUGGAAUUUGCGUUUCUUCUGCCACUUUGGAUGGCAUCCUGAGCGAGGAGGAGCCCCUGUGUGUGUGUGUGUGUGUGUGUGUGAGAGAGUGUGUGUGUGAGUGUUUGAGAGAGUGUGUGUAGUGUGAGAGUGUGUGUAGCAGCAGAGCGUUUCAGCCUCCCAGAGCCUGGGUUUAGCUCUUUAGCUAGAUAAGGGAAUGAGCAAGGGCAGGUGUGCACAAGGGUGAGUUUACAGCUGCACUUUGUUUUUGGACAAAAGUAACUGAGAUCAGAGAGAGAGAGAGACAGAGAGAGACAGAUGCUCAGUGUAACAGGAGGGACUCAGUAAUAAGGUCGUGAAAUCAGAAGAAUAAGAAAAACGCUUGCAAGGUGUGACAAGGAGCAGAGAGCUUUUGGUGCAACAUCUCAUCUCACUGGAUCCUACGUUUAAUACCUCAGGGGAAAAAAAUGUCAUCGCAAACGAAAUACAAGAAGGACAAGGAGAUCAUUGGGGAAUAUGAGACGCAAGUUAAAGAGAUCCGUAAUCAGCUGGUGGAGCAGUUUAAGUGUCUGGAGCAACAGUCGGAAUCUCGGAUCCAGCUGCUGCAGGACCUGCAGGAGUUUUUCCGCCGCAAAGCUGAGAUUCAGCUGGAGUAUUCCCGUAGCCUGGAGAAACUAGCUGAGCGGUUCUCGUCCAAGAUUCGCUCCUCCAGAGAACACCAGCAGUUCAAGAAAGACCAGCACCUCCUGUCUUCAGUGAACUGCUGGUACCUGGUUUUGAAUCAGACUCGUAGAGAAAGCCGAGAUCAUGCCACACUCAACGACAUCUACAUCAACAACGUCAUCGUCCGCCUGGCGCAGGUCAGCGAGGAUGUCAUUCGCCUCUUUAAAAAGAGUAAAGAAAUUGGCAUUCAGAUGCAUGAGGAGUUGGUGAAAGUGACAAAUGAGCUAUACACGGUGAUGAAGACAUACCACAUGUACCACACAGAGAGCAUCAGUGCAGAGAGCAAGCUGAAGGAUGCCGAGAAGCAAGAGGAAAAACAGUACAGCAAGUCCGGAGACCUGAACGUCAAUCUCCUGCGGCAUGAGGAACGUGCCCAGCGCCGCAGCUCUGUCAGGAAGAUCGAGAAGAUGAAGGAGAAGAGACAAGCCAAGUAUUCAGAAAACAAGCUGAAAUGCACGAAAGCUCGCAACGACUAUUUAUUGAAUUUGGCAGCCACCAACGCUGUAGUGGCAAAAUACUACAUUCAUGACGUCUCCGACAUGAUUGACUGCUGUGACCUUGGCUAUCAUGCUAGCCUGGCGCGCACGUUUAGGACUUAUCUCUCUGCAGAAUACAACCUGGAGACUUCUCGCCAUGAAGGACUGGACCUGAUAGAGACCGCUGUGGAUAACCUGGACUCUCGCAGUGACAAGCACAAGAUCAUGGACAUGUACAACCAGGUGUUCUGUCCUCCCAUGCGCUUUGAGUAUCUGCCGCACAUGGGAGAUGAGGUGUGCCAGGUGAGUGCUCAGCAGCCAGUCCAGACAGAGCUCCUGAUGCGCUACCAUCAGCUGCAGUCCCGCCUGGCUACACUGAAGAUCGAGAACGAGGAGGUGCGCAAGACCCUGGAUGCGACAAUGCAGACGCUGCAGGACAUGUUGACUGUGGAGGACUUUGACGUGUCUGAUGCCUUCCAGCACAGCCGAUCCACAGAGUCUGUUAAAUCAGUGGCGUCUGAAGGCUACAUGAGCAAACUGAACAUCGCAAAGAGGCGCUCCAACCAGCAGGAGACUGAGCUCUUCUACUUCACAAAAUUCAAAGAGUACCUGAACGGAAGCAACCUCAUCAUUAAACUGCAGGCCAAGCACGACCUCCUGAAGCAGACGCUGGGGGAAGGAGAAAGGGCUGAGUGUGGAACGACAAGACCCCCUACCCUACCCCCGAAACCACAGAAACUACGGAAACCCCGGCCACGCUCCGUCUAUAAUCAUAAGCUGUUUAAUGGAAAUAUGGAGACCUUCAUUAAGGAUUCAGGUCAGCCCAUUCCUCUUGUGGUGGAAAGCUGCGUUCGAUACAUCAAUCUGUAUGGUCUGCAGCAGCAAGGCAUAUUCCGAGUUCCUGGAUCUCAGGUGGAAGUCAACGAUAUCAAAAAUUCAUUUGAGAGAGGUGAAGACCCACUUAUCGACGAUCAGAGUGAUCAUGACAUAAACUCUGUGGCAGGGGUUCUGAAGUUGUACUUCAGAGGCUUGGAGAACCCAAUCUUCCCAAAGGAACGCUUCCUGGACUUCAUCUCCACCAUUAAGCUCGAGUCAUCUGCUGAAAGAGUCCAUCACCUUCAGCAGAUCAUAGUCACUCUUCCACGUACCAUCAUCAUCGUCAUGAGAUACCUGUUUGCAUUCCUCAAUCAUCUGUCCCAGUACAGCGAUGAGAAUAUGAUGGAUCCCUACAACCUGGCCAUCUGCUUCGGCCCCACUCUGAUGCCCAUCCCGGACGGCCAGGACCCUGUGGCCUGUCAGGCCCACGUGAACGAAGUCAUCAAGACCAUCAUCAUCCACAGUGAGGUCAUCUUCCCAAGUCACCGGGAACUUGAGGGCCCUGUAUAUGAGAAGUGCAUGACUGGAGGAGAGGAGUACUGUGAUAGCCCACAUAGUGAACCAGGCACCAUUGAUGAGACAGACAACGGAACUGAGCCACACACCAGUGAUGACGAGGUGGAGCAGAUAGAAGCAAUCGCAAAAUUUGACUACGUAGGGCGCACACCACGAGAGCUUUCCUUUAAGAAGGGAGCAUCGUUGCUGCUCUACCAUAGAGCGUCAGAGGACUGGUGGGAAGGGAGACACAACGGUGUGGACGGUCUCAUCCCUCAUCAGUACAUCGUAGUGCAGGACCUGGACGACGCCUUUUCUGAUAAUCUAAGCCAGAAGGCGGACAGUGAGGCGAGCAGUGGGCCACUGCUAGAUGACAAGGCCUCAUCCAAAAAUGACCUCCAUUCACCAUGUGAGACAGCACCAGAGUAUAACUUCAGUGCAGUGAUGGGCAGGGUACGUUUGCGUUCGGAUGGUGCAGCUAUCCCACGGCGCCGCAGUGCUACAGAUAGCCACAGUCCUCCGCGUGGUUCUGACACACCUCCUCGCGCAGCUGCGUGUCCCAGCAGCCCCCACAAAGCCGUGCUGAGCAGCAGGGGCCGCUUGGAGAGUCCUGAUAAGAGACGUCUGGGCACGUUUGGCAGUGCUGGCACUAUAAACUACCCUGAGAGAAAGGUGUAUGGAGAGGGCCAUCAACUGAGACCGAGCACUGGCACACGCCACAGCAGCUUGGGAGACCAUAAGAGUCUGGAGGCUGAGGCCUUAGCUGAGGACAUAGAGAAGACGAUGAGCACAGCUCUGCAUGAGCUGCGUGAGCUGGAACGUCAGAACACAGCCAAGCAGGCCCCAGACGUGGUGCUGGACACACUGGAGCCUCUGAAAAACCCUAUAAGCUCGGAGCCAGCCAGCCCCUCACACACCAUCGCCAUCCGCGACCCCGAGGCGGCUCUGAGACGUGGGACCAGCUCCUCCUCUAGUGCUGCUGAGACCAUGAUGAUGAGCACGUUCAAACCAGCGCUGUGUGCCAGGUUGCCCAGUGCCCAGCUGCGACCUCCAGCUAUAAGGCCUACACGCCCCGUGCCCUCUCAGCAGCAACGUUCCAGCAGCUCUGGCUCGUCUGGAGUGGGCAGCCCUGCCAUCACCCCCACUGACAAGAGCUUUCCCAGCAGCCCCUCAUCUAACACAGCCGACAAACACGGUGGCAGCAUGUAGCUCCACCAGGAGCCAGGGUCAGGGUUGGCUCUCCGAUUUGCAAUUCAGCCAGCCUUAUGAAGCCCAAAUUGAAGGGGGAAAUGUUUCACAGUUAUUUUAGGUAUAGAAUUUUGAAAUUCAGAAUGAGCCUCAGAACACUCCAGAAGUAGGCCAUGGUUACUAUGGCAAUGAGGCAUAUGAAGUCACAAAGUUUACUUUUUUAGCACUCAGUGUGGUAACAUGAGGUGUAAAAACAUACUGGAAAAUAAUAACAGCUGUGUGCCACAUACAGUAGGGUCUGAAAGAGUCCACUACUAAAAAACUAUUUUAUUUGUUAUUUAGUAUACAAGUGAAUGCAUUUUGUUGGAUUAAAUUUCUCAAACAAGAUUACAAAGAAAGAAAGCUACCGAAAACAGUAGCUAUGGUAAUGCAUAACACAGUGGGCCAUAAUAAUUAAGUCAGUCAAUCUUAACUGUAAAAAAUAAAUAAAUAAAUGUGUUAAUAGUAUGUCUGUGUUACCAUAUAAUUGAAAUGUAUGGCAUUACAACCUCUUAAAAAUGAAGCAAAUGGCAUGGAAACUGGAUAUUCAGCUAUAUUUCAGUUUAAUAUGAUGAACUUCCAAAUUUUAAAACAUGUAUCCUCGCUUAAUACAUAUUAACUAAGUGGAGCUUUGUAUUUGCUUUUAAUAGGUGGAGCAAAUACAAACAUUUUAGAAGUGGAGUCUGAGUUUUGGACCCUACAGUAUAUAUUACUAUACAUUAUAAGUGUCUCUGUGUGCAUAUGCACACACACACACACACACACACACAC